CUGCCCGGCGCACGCACUGCUCCGUGGUUCCUUUGUGCCGGACGGUAGCAGAAGAGCGUGUGAAUGGAUAUUUCCCGCUGCACCGAGAAAUGGGAGAGGCCACUGUCUUCCUCCAUUAUGCUGGCGAAUAAGAAAGACUCCGCCCCCUCCUCCUCAUCCUCCUCCUCCUCUGGAGGUAACGGUGUUGAACGCUCAUUGGACGCUCCAGCCGGCCCGUCCCCUGGCCCUGCUGGUCCCGCUCCAGGCCCUGCCGACGUCAAAAAGAAGGAGAGGGCAUCUCCGAGUGGCGAGGGUGGCGGCCCGCCCCUCCCGCACCCUCCCGGUCCAGGGGGCAUCGACCAGGACUCUGCUGAAGGGCGACGGACCAGCCGCCGGAAGCGAGCCAAAGUGGAGUACAGAGAGAUGGACGAGAGCCUGGCUAACCUGUCGGAGGACGAGUAUUACUCAGAGGAGGAGAGGAACGCUAAAGCAGAAAAAGAGCGCAAACAGGUGGUGCCCCCACCCGCCCCUCCAGUGGAGGAGGAGAAUGACAGCGAGCCAGACGAGCCGUCAGGUUUGGAGGGCGCAGCUUUCCAGAGCCGCCUUCCACACGAUCGAAUGACGUCCCAGGAAGCUGCGUGUUUCCCUGACAUUAUUAAUGGACCACAACAAACGCAGAAGGUUUUCCUGUACAUCCGGAACCGCACACUCCAGCUGUGGUUGGAUAACCCAAAAGUCCAGCUCACCUUCGAGUCUACUGUUCAGCAGCUGGAGGCUCCAUACAACAGUGAUGCCGUUCUGGUGCACAGAAUUCACAGUUACCUGGAGAGACACGGCCUUAUCAACUUCGGAAUCUACAAACGCGUCAAACCACUACCCAGCAAGAAAACAGGGAAGGUGAUUGUGAUUGGUGGGGGUGUGUCAGGUUUGGCGGCGGCGAGGCAGCUGCAGAGUUUCGGCAUGGAUGUCACAGUGCUGGAGGCCAGGGACCGUGUGGGAGGAAGAGUGGCCACUUUCCGUAAAGGGAACUAUGUAGCAGACCUGGGGGCAAUGGUGGUGACUGGCCUGGGUGGGAACCCCAUGGCUGUGGUCAGUAAGCAAGUCAAUAUGGAGUUGGCCAAAAUCAAACAAAAGUGUCCGCUAUAUGAGGCUAAUGGCCAGGCUGGAGAACGCUGCACAAGUGUUCCUAAGGAGAAGGACGAGAUGGUGGAGCAGGAGUUUAACAGACUGCUGGAGGCCACGUCGUUCCUCAGUCACCAGCUGGACUUCAACUUCCUCAAUAACAAACCUGUUUCUCUGGGUCAGGCACUGGAGGUCGUCAUACAGCUCCAGGAAAAGCAUGUGAAAGAUGAACAGAUAGAGCACUGGAAGAAGAUAGUAAAUACCCAGGAGGAGCUCAAAGAGCUGCUUAAUAAGAUGGUUGCCACUAAAGAGAAGGUGAAGGAGCUUCACCAGCAGUAUAAAGAGGCCAGUGAGGUGAAACCUCCCAGAGAUAUCACUGCAGAGUUUCUAGUUAAAAGUAAACAUCGGGAUCUCACAGCUCUCUGCAAGGAUUAUGAUGCGCUGGCUGAGCAGCAGGCUAAACUGGAAGAGAGGCUACAGGAGCUUGAAGCAAAUCCACCCAGUGAUGUGUAUCUGUCGUCUAGAGAUCGGCAGAUACUGGACUGGCACUUUGCUAAUCUGGAGUUUGCUAAUGCCACACCCCUCUCUACUCUCUCCCUCAAACACUGGGAUCAGGAUGAUGAUUUUGAGUUCACAGGAAGUCACCUGACUGUGCGAAACGGUUACUCCUGCGUUCCUGUGGCUCUGGCUGAGGGUUUGGACAUUAAACUCAACACGGCUGUCCGGCAGGUGCGCUACACCUCAUCAGGCUGUGAGGUAAUAGCGGUGAACACUCGCUCCACCACUCAGACGUUUAUUUAUAAGUGUGAUGCGGUGUUGUGCACCCUGCCGCUGGGGGUGAUGAAGCAGCAGCCGCCUGCCGUGCAGUUCGUCCCACCACUGCCCGAGUGGAAAACAUCCGCCAUCCAGAGGAUGGGCUUUGGAAACCUCAACAAGGUGGUGCUGUGUUUUGACCGUGUGUUCUGGGACCCCAGUGUGAAUCUGUUCGGCCAUGUUGGGAGCACCACUGCCAGCCGCGGGGAACUGUUUCUGUUCUGGAACCUUUACAAAGCCCCCAUCCUGCUGGCCCUGAUGGCUGGAGAAGCGGCGGGCAUUAUGGAGAACAUUAGCGAUGACGUCAUUGUGGGCCGUUGCCUAGCGAUUCUGAAGGGCAUCUUUGGCAGCAGUGCAGUUCCUCAGCCGAAGGAGACGGUGGUGACGCGCUGGCGUGCGGACCCCUGGGCUCGAGGCUCGUACUCGUACGUGGCAGCCGGCUCCUCCGGAAACGACUAUGACCUGAUGGCCCAGCCCAUCACACCUGGACCAGCUAUACCUGGAGCAUCACAGCCGGUGCCGCGUCUCUUCUUCGCCGGAGAACACACGAUCCGGAACUAUCCAGCUACAGUACACGGAGCCCUGCUGAGCGGCCUGAGGGAAGCCGGACGCAUCGCUGACCAGUUCCUGGGAGCCAUGUACACACUGCCUAGACAAAACACAAAUACAGCCAACGCACAGCCCUCACCCAGCGUUUAAACACACACACACUUACACACACACACACACACACACUCCAACCUGCAAUCAUGAACUACCGUGAAGAGCAGGUGUGUUUACCUGGACGCUCCAGCUCAGUUUAUCUGCUUAAACACACUGAACCUUCAGUCAGGUGUGUUUGAACAGGUAAAGCACUGUGCUGGAAUAUGACUGGACACACAUAUACACACACACACACACACACACACACACACACACACAUAUAUAUAUACACACACUCUCUCUUACAGAUUGUAUAGCUCAUACACAGUAACAUUUAAUUUACAUAUUUACAAACUUGAAAACACUGUGUAACUGUACACUGUGCACACACACUAUAAUACACACAGUACACAUGAGUAUUGUACAGUUGCUGUUUGUGUGUGUGUGUGUAGGGGGGUGCCCACAGUGCCCACACGUCCCCCCCCCCCCCCCCCCCCCAAAACCGAUGACACACUUCUACUUCUUCUCCACUACUCUGUGUACAGCAGUGCUCUCAGACUCCUCCUCCUCCUCCUCCAUAUAGAAACUCACAGCUCUGAACUCUGAUUAAAACCCAGCUGUGGCUGAAGUGGAGAAGUGAGGCUGAGAGGAACAGAGGUGUGGUAGAUUACCCCGUCAGUGUGAGCUCUGAAUUCUGCUGAUCUCCACUUUUUUCUUUUGUUGUUCACCUCUAGAUGAGUUUAGCUGAAGAUGGAGAAACAGUAGCUGCUUAAGUAAAGCUUUUUUUUUUUUUGGAAAUAUGAAAAGAGUCGUUUUGCAUUAAGCUAAAUGUGUUUUUUGUUCUGUAGCUUUAGUUUAUAUCAUUCUUAUUUUUGUCAAGUUUUUAUAUUUUGUGGGAAUUUGGUAUUAAAUGGAGACAAGAAGA